AUGAAGUCGCAAUAUACUGAUAAGGUUUCUCAGUUGGAAAUCGCCUGCUCUAGCAAAUAUGUGAGUAUUAAAUUGCUAGAGGAGGAGUUAGCCACGAUGAAGCUCCUGAUGUUGGAGAAAGAUGCCCGAAUUGCCACCUUGAGCGACUUACAACUUCUGAUGGAGCUGAAUCAGACAUCCGCUAUCCAGCUUGGCCUCCAUCAAGCCUGUGUGGACAUGAAAGAAAAGUACACCGAGGAGCUUAAAGGUAAGAAUGUUCUAUAUUCAUACCCAGAUGCACAAUGUCAAAUUAUGGAACGUUUUGCUGAGAUGACAACAUACAAGUACUCGCUAGUGUCUGCUCUGGAGAGUGAGGAGAUGGAUGUUGAUGGUUUGAAGAAAUUGCUGAAGAUUGUGGAUUCAUCUGGGACAGAUGAAGUUGGAUCAGAGUAG